AUGAUUCGAAACAUCUUUUUCCCUUCCCACCCGCUCUCCUCACUGCACUGGAAGCUCAUCCCCACGCUUCCCCUUCCUCCUUCCCGCACCUUCUCCCCCACAGCAAGCUCAUUCUCCCCUCAAUCGUCGCGCUCCCUCUCCUCAUGGCCUACUCGGGCCACACCACCAUCCUCAUCCCCAGGCCAUGUGGUUUUCCCUCCCUUUGACCCCCUUGUAUCCCCCCCACAGCAAGCUCAUCCUCCCCUCAAUCCCAACCCCGCCGCUGCUUAUGGCCUAUUCAGGCCACACCACGAUCGAAGCUCAUUCUCCCCUCAAUCGCAACGCUGCCUCUCCUGA